AUAACAGCAACCUGGCAAGAGAUGAGACACGAGAACACGCGCGUGCGCGAGAGAGAGGUGUUGACGUUUAAGGGAAAGUGGGCGGGGUUUGUCGUGAGUCACUCCCCCUAAAGCUUCCUUCUUUGAGCUGGGUGGUAAAUGAAGCUGCACUAAAGCGAUAGACGGAUCAUUUAUUUCAGCGCUCAGAAAGCUAGCCAGGUAGCUAGCUACACUCUCAUGAAACCAACACGUUUGGUCUCUAGGUGGAUUUUGGAUGCGAAGUCGGUACACCGGCGCACACACCACGGCUCACACUCGCUCGACCGAACCCCUUUCGGCUGAUCUCUCCGCUGCUGUCCGAAUGAGCUCCAGUCCGCUUUCUAACGGCAAGCAGAUGUCGGACAACCAGAGCUGGAACUCGUCGGGCUCUGAGGAGGAUCUGGAGACGGAUCCCGGACCUCACGGCGGCGGGGUGGCGGAAUUCAGCGGCGUGCUUAGCAAGUGGACAAACUACAUCCAUGGCUGGCAGGAUCGCUGGGUCGUGCUGAAGAACAACACUCUGAGUUAUUACAAGUCUCAGGAUGAGAGGGAGUAUGGCUGCAGGGGCUCGCUGUGCCUCAGCAAGGCCGUCAUCAUGCCCCAUGAGUUUGAUGAGUGCAGGUUGGAUAUCAGUGUUAACGACAGCGUGUGGUACCUGAGGGCUCUGGAUCCGGACCACCGUCACCAGUGGAUCGACUCCAUCGAGCAGCACCGGGCUGAGUCCGGUUAUGGUUCUGAAUCCAGUUUGAGGAGACAUGGCUCCAUGCUCUCUCUCACCUCAGCCACCAGCAGCUACUCCGCCACCUCCACCUCCUCUUUUAAGAAGGGCCAUAGUCUGCGAGAGAAGCUAGCCGAGAUGGAGACGUUCAGAGACAUCCUGUGCAGGCAGGUGGACACGCUACAGAAAUAUUUCGAUGCCUGCUCAGACGCCGUGUCCAAAGAUGAACUGCAGAGGGAUAAGAUUGUGGAGGACGAUGAAGACGACUUCCCUACCACUCGCACUAAUGGCGAGUUCCUGCACAACCACAACGGCAGCAGAGAGAAGCUGUUCCAGUCUCUGAGCACUAAGGGCCUCAACGGAAUUGAUUUUAAAGGCGAGGCGAUCACGUUUAAAGCCACUACAGCGGGGAUCCUGGCCACGCUCUCGCACUGCAUUGACCUGAUGGUGAAGAGAGAGGACAGCUGGCAGAGGAGACUGGAUAAGGAGACAGAGAAAAGGAGGAGAGUGGAGGAGGCCUAUAAAACGGCAUUGUCCGAGCUCAAGAAGAAAUCUCAUUUCGGAGGCCCGGACUAUGAGGAGGGCCCGAACAGUCUCAUAAACGAGGAUGAGUUCUUCGAUGCAGUGGAAGCCGCGCUGGACAGACAAGACAAAAUAGAGGAACAGACUCAGACGGAAAAGUGUCGGAUACAGAGGCCUAGCCCGAUGCCUUGCGGAGACAUCUAUUCCACGAUGGGCACCCACCGAUUCGCCGAGAAGCCCCCGACUCCGCCCUCCCCCCCUCUAUCCUGUGAUGUAGUGCUCGGUCCCGUGUGUCAUCACGAGCACGCGUUCAGUGCUGAGGUGGAGGAGAUGGUACAGAGUCACAUGACCUACUCCCUGCAGGAUGUGGGCGGAGAUGCGAACUGGCAGCUAGUGGUCGAGGAAGGAGAGAUGAAGGUGUACAGGAGAGAGGUAGAGGAGAACGGCAUCGUGUUGGACCCUCUGAAAGCCACACAUGCAGUGAAAGGGGUCACAGGUCACGAGGUGUGCCAUUACUUCUGGGAUACGGAAGUCCGCAAUGACUGGGAAACUACUGUUGAAAACUUCAGCAUCGUGGAGACGUUGUCAGAUAACGCCAUAAUUAUCUACCAGACGCACAAGAGGGUGUGGCCUGCGUCACAGAGAGACGUGCUGUAUUUAUCGGCGAUCCGUAAAAUCAUGGCCAGCAAUGAGAACGACCCCGACACGUGGAUUGUGUGCAACUUCUCUGUUGAUCACGACAACGCCCAGCCCAGCAGCAGGUGCGUCCGUGCCAAAAUCAACAUCGCCAUGAUCUGCCAGACGCUGGUCAGUCCACCAGAGGGCAACAAAGAGAUUAGCAGAGACAACAUUCUGUGUAAAAUCACAUACGUGGCCAACGUAAAUCCCGGAGGCUGGGCCCCUGCGUCUGUCCUGAGAGCCGUAGCCAAGCGAGAAUACCCCAAAUUCUUGAAGCGUUUCACCUGCUAUGUACAGGAGAAAACUGCCGGCAAGCCCAUCCUCUUCUGAGAGCUCAGAUCGUCAGUGUACAGCGCCCUCUCUCUACACUCCCAGCUACAGCGGCCCCGAGGAGGUUCCUCUUCACUGCAGACCCUCGUCAUCCUCCUCCUCCACCUCCACUUCCUCCUCCUGAAUGUUCAGACCCUCAGCUGCCACUGGGAACAACCCACAUUACCCACGAUUCCCUGCAGCGGUCCACACUAUAGACGCCCUGUAGGCUUUAAGCGGUCCCAAUGCUUUAACCCCUUCAGCGGUCUGAGAGGACACGUUGCCAAAUCUCAACAUUCGUUCUGUAUUUUCAGCAGAGAAAUAUAUAUUAAGAUAUAUGUACGUACGCAAGUAUGACAGAUUUAAAGAAAAAGUUUUAUUUAACGGAGCCGAAACGCAGAAGAACGACUGUUUUAGUUCCGCUUUUUGUCUUUCUUUUUGUUUUUGUUUUUUGCUGUACUUCAUUGAUCCCAGAAUUUAAUGCUCACAACCCCCCAUCCCCCCUGCCCCAUUGCUGCUAAUUUAAAAUAGAAAAAAAAAAACCCGCUUGGGUCAGACAUUCCACCAUCCUGAACGUUUGUAAAAGAACGCUGAGAGGGCUGUCAUUGACCUAUGACCUACAACAUGACCCAUGAACGUUGCCUUCUUUUUUUUUUUUUUCUUUUUUUUUUUUUUCUUCUUGGUCUCGAUCUCUUUGAUGAAGCCCUGUUGGUGCUGAAGAGGAAUUGUUUUUUCCCCCCGAAGUUUUGUUGCUUAAUUUUUUUGUCUCUUUAAAUCUGAAAUCUGUUUUGAGUUGUACUCGCGUACAUCAGAGAGACGCUGGCGUACUGUAGCACGAUUAAGAUUCAGUAGUGAUAGACGAAAGUGGGAUCUUUUUAAUACGUCAAGGAAAUGCUUUACAUCUUGAUUACUUGUAUAUAAUUUCUAAGUGUGUGGGAUUGCUGUCAGUCAAUGGUUUUUGCGUGAUUCAUCCAACUCCACAUGCCUUAGAGACGGGCGGAGACGAGUGCGUGUUUGUGUGCGUGUGCAAACAGGAAGGGCAGAUCUUGUUUGCGAGUGUGUUCGCGCGGUCGGGACGAUCCGAGGUGUCCGACAUGCGUGUAAAUCGUUAGUGAAGUGCCUCAGUCUGAUCACAUGACCUGAGUGUUGCUGAUGCGAGGUUCAUGCUUUUUCUAAAUAUGAUCUCCAAACAAAGAGUGGACUUUAAAAAAGAAAAAAAUGUCAAGCGUCUUUCAGCGAUUACACCAUAAUUCUGAUCUGAUAUUACUUUUUUUUUUUUUUUACAUUUCUGAAUUAUUACUGAUCAAACAUCGGGCCUCGUUUAGUAAAGCAGAGUCUUUUUCGACGGCAAAACGGAACUAAAAUUUCCUGCUGGAUCAUUUUCUGCGUAGCUUGAUGUAUAUUCUUAAGCACAUUCACAGAACAUCUGGUUUACUGGUGGUUUAGUGAUGCCAACAAAUCUCACACAGAGCUGAAAACAACAAAAUGGCGACUAAGCAGCGAAAGUGUGAAAUGCGCUAAAUCGUCCACUAACGCAGCUCAGUACUAUAGACACACAACAAAUGUUUCUGCCUUUUUAAAAAAAAAAAAAAAAAAAAAGGGUGCCAUUACUUUUGUCCUAAUUGAAGGAAGGUGUUCACAAAAUUGUUUCCCAAAAUCGUCGUACUCGCAACACGUGUAUAUAAAAUUGCAACGAACAAUUCUGCGAUUUGAAACCAAUCGAUCGUUUCAUAUUAGUGAGUCUCCCUUAUACGUAAUUUUACACGCACGGGACUGAAUGGAUUUUCAGGAACGCUGCGUUUCCUGUGUGUAAAUGCUCCUGCGAACGAUUUACGAAUCGUCUAAAUCCGUUUGUCUCCAGUAUGAUAAAUGAGGCUCGCCGUUUUCCGAUUUUGAGAGGAACGCCUGUUGUUUUUUUUUUGUUUGUUUUUUCGUCUGACAGCAAGAUGAAAAUAAGCGUAAAGGUGAAAAUCGGUUGACUAUUUGCUGUUCCUGUCCUUCUCAUCAUUUUCGCGUAAAGUUUUCAGCGAUCUAAUGAACACUGUUAAUAUGGACAGCACUUGAGUCACGACCCUGAUUUUAGAGUUGCGCUAUAAAGCUUGCUCUUUAAGAGGCGGAGGAUUGCUCAUGAUGGAUGUUGAGGAAAACAUUGGCCCUUUUUAGUAGCUCGUCUCGACACACAGCUGCUCCACUCCAUUCCCCUUGGCUGUUACGUUUUAAACCCGUUCAAUCGAAUCGUUCACGAUGUCGUAUCCAAUCCACUUGUACACGUUAAAAUAUAUCUCUCUUUUUGUAAUUGCAUUUAAUUUAACAGCUGAUUGGAGGGUUGGUGAUGCUGCGACAGGAAACAGCCAGUCAGGAGUGGAGUUUUGCACCCCAGUUAAUUGUGUGUGUGUGUGUGUGUGUGUGUGUGUGUGUGUGUGUGUGUGUGUGUGUGCGCGCGUGCGUGCUGAAGAGUCAGAUGUCCUUCUAAUCCCAGUAUAGUUUAUUUGUUGCAUUUGCACUGAAUGUAUCGUAGUGGGAAUAAAGCAGAUGUGUCUGUAAAUAAAAUAGUUACACUAA